UCGAUCUCUCCAUUAAAAACCCUCCCCAUCAACACACUCGAUCGAUCUCCACAAAUGGCCAACUUAGUGAUCACUUCAUUUACACUAUGGUUGAGCUUAGUUAUUUUGUAUGCUACUCAAACUAUGCAUGCUAUGGCAUUCUGGCCUGGUGGAAGAUCAACCAGGUUCUACGACUUCAAGGUGCAAACCAAGAAAAUUACAAAGUUGUGCUACACCAAGGAUAUCGUCACAAUCAACGAAAUGUAUCCUGGGCCUGUUGUUUAUGCCCAAGAAGACGAUAGAGUCAUCAUCAGAGUCACCAACGAAUCGCCCUACAAUGCCACAAUACAUUGGCAUGGUGUUCGACAAAGGCUAUCGUGUUGGUCCGAUGGUCCGUCGUACAUUACCCAGUGCCCAAUCCAAACCGGACAAACAUUUACGUAUGAGUUUACGUUGUUGCAACAGAAGGGCACCCUUCUUUGGCAUGCUCAUGUAUCUUGGCUCAGGGCCACUGUUCAUGGUGCCAUUGUUGUCUACCCUAAAACUGGAGUACCAUACCCUUUUAUGUACCCUUAUGAAGAGCACAUCAUCAUCCUAGGGGAGUAUUGGCUGAGAGACCUUGUACAACUUGAGCAGGCGGUAUUAGCAAGUGGCGGAGGUCCUCCAACAGCGGACGCUUUCACAAUCAACGGACACCCUGGCCCUAACUACAACUGUUCAAGCGAUGAUGUUUAUAAAAUUGAUGUGGUUCCCGGGAAGACAUACCUGUUAAGGUUAAUCAACGCGGGGCUAAACAUGGAGAACUUCUUUGCCAUUGCUAAUCACAAAUUAACAAUCGUGGAAGCGGAUGCAGAGUACACAAAGCCAUUCUCUACUGACCGUGUGAUGCUAGGACCCGGUCAGACUGUCAACGUCCUCGUCACGGCCAAUCAGCCCAUCGGACGGUACUCUAUGGGCAUGGGUCCCUUCAUGUCCGCUCAAAAUGUCCCAUUCCAAAGCAUAAAAUCCGUUGCAUAUUUCCAGUACUUGGGUGCCAUGCCAUAUAGUUUAGCCUUACCAGCUCCGUUACCAAGUUUUAAUGAUAAUCUUGCCGUUAAGACCGUUAUGGAUGGCCUAAAAAGCCUUAAUCCCGUGCCUGUCCCAAAAGAGAUUGACUCCAAUCUUUUCAUUACCAUCGGAUUAAACGUUCAAAAGUGCAAUUCCAAGACGCCACAGCAGAAUUGCCAGGGCGUUAAUGGUGGGAUUAUGGCCGCUUCAAUGAAUAACAUCAGUUUUAUUAAGCCUAACGUUUCACUUCUCGAGGCUUAUUACAAACAUAUUCAUGGGUAUUAUUCCGAGGAUUUCCCUGGGGUACCCCUUAAAUUCUAUGACUUUGUCAAUGGGGCACCUAAUACCAUUCCUAUUGAUACCCAGUCAGUUAGAGGGACUAGGACUAAGGUCCUUGAAUUUGGGUCCCGAGUGCAAUUAAUUUUGCAGGACACAGGAACCGUCACCACCGAAAACCACCCGAUUCAUCUCCAUGGCUAUAGCUUCUAUGUCGUAGGGUAUGGUACCGGGAACUAUAACCCUCAAACUGCCAAUUUCAACUUGGUCGAUCCACCUUACAUGAAUACGAUUGGAGUUCCGGCUGGCGGAUGGGCCGCAAUUCGCUUUGUCGCUGACAAUCCAGGAGUAUGGUUCAUGCACUGUCACUUGGAGAUACAUUUGUCAUGGGGAUUGUCGGUGGUUUUUAUAGUAAAGAAUGGGCAAGGAGAGUUGGAGACCCUUCCACACCCGCCGGCAGACCUGCCGCGGUGCUAGCUAGCUAGUGAUUUGGCCAUGGAUUUUGUGAAACAACUGAAAAUGUUUCAAGCUGCAGGUUGCAGAUGGAGGAUGAUAAUUCUUUGGAAACAUGCAAGUGUGUAUUAUAUUACGUGCGGUGGUUGAUCCAUUUCGUACGUUUAGACUAUGAUGAUCAUUGCCCACCUGGUAAAAAGUGACAGCCUAGCUAGCUGCAUAAAAUAAAAAAACAUUUGCUUUAAUUAAUUUCUUUUUUAUGCA